AGCCCUUGAUACUCCCCCCAACCCUUUCUUCGCCUUCGUUCAAUCGCGUUCCGCCGCACAUACCCACUCCAUCUUCUUCGUCUUCGUCGGUGAAGGAUCCGGCUGCAAUCCAGUAGCUUCUCCGUUUAGGUUACAGGAAAUAAUCCAUCAGUUCAUUGAUGCAUUCCAAGAGACCAUAUAGGUGGACCAUUUCCGAGCAAAAUGGUAAAGGCAAGCGGCAGAAAUCAGGAGCAUUUGGGUCCCAGACUCUUUCAUCGAAAAGGUCACCUGGAAGCACUGUCUUCCGUGUACUUUGUCCUGUUUCCAAAAUUGACAGUGUUAUUGGAAAAGAUGGCGACAUCAUACUACAAAUGCAGCGGGAAACUGGUGCAAAGGUCCGAGUUGAGGAAACUGUUCCUGGAUGUGAUGAGAGGGUAAUCACUAUCGCAGGUUCUGAUAAUGGUAAUGAAGUUGGCAGCGAGCAGAUCAAGGAGGAUGGUAAAGAGACUAAAACUAUUGAGGAGGGUGAGAAUGCAGAUGAACAUGGUGAGGAUCAUGUAGAUAAGCAAUCUAUUUCUGUUGAACAUUCACAACCCGAAAAGACGACUUCAUCUGUUCAGAAGGCCGUUUUACUUGUGUUUGAAAGAAUAACUGUUGAAGAAUCAGAGAUGGAUGGAGGUGAUGAAGAGAGUAACAGUUCUUCCAAUAUUUUUGUGAGGUUACUUGUGCUCUCCUGUCAAGUGGGCUGCCUUUUAGGAAAAGGUGGCAGUGUAAUCAAGCAAAUGUCUUCAGAAACUGGUGCACAGAUUCGGGUUCUUCCUAGAGAUAAACUUCCUCCUUGUGCUUCUUCUACUGAUGAACUGGUUCAGAUUUCUGGGGAUCUUGAUGCCGUUAGGAAAGCUCUUCAAUCUGUCUCUCAACAACUUCUGGAGAAUCCACCUCGGGAUCAGGACUCUCUGUCUCCCAAUCCUAGUGGGCCAUCAUCUCGGUCCGUUGGUCAUCCUCUUUCUAGGCUAGAAGCAUACCCAACAUCCAACUAUACUUUUCCUGCUCAAGGACCACCUUAUGCUGCUGGGCAUCGUGAUUUUGACAGUGGUGUUCCUGGUCGAAUGAUUCCUUCUCAGGAUAUCCUAACAUUCAAGUUAUUGUGUCAAGAUGAGAAGGUAGGAGGUGUAAUUGGAAAGGGUGGGACUAUAAUAAAGGCACUUCAGCAUGAGAGUGGUUGUGAGAUCAAAGUUUUGGAUGGUGUAGCUGAUUCAGAGGACCGCAUAAUUGUCAUAUCUGGUCCAGCGCAUCCUGAUGAUAGCAUAUGUUCCCCACAAGAUGCAGUUUUUCGUGUACAUUCCAGGAUUGUUCGGGCUGCACCUGAAAGCAAAGAGAAGACUGUGAUAGCAAAACUUCUUGUCUCAUCGAAUCAAAUUGGAUGUCUCCUUGGCAAGGGUGGUGCUAUAAUAGCUGAAAUGAGGAAGUCAUCUGGGGCUUAUAUCCGUAUAUUGGGGAAGGAUCAAUUUCCAAAGUGCGCUUCAGAAGAUGAAGAAGUAGUUCAGAUUAAUGGAGAAUUAGCAAUAGUUCAACAGGCUCUUUGGCAGAUAACCUCUAGGUUGCGGAAUCAUUUCUUCCGUGAUGCAUUUCCUUCUAUCAACCAUCGCUCAAAUCCUUCCUUUCUGGAUCAAGUACCUCCAUUUCCUUCAUAUGCAGGAAGGAGGGAACGUUCACCUCCCGGAAUGUAUUCUAAUUCAGGCCCAUCAUUUCACAAUAUCGAUUCUAUUGGUGGACUGCCUUCAUAUGGUGGUUUUUAUCCUCACGAUGAUCGCCCUCCUUUUUUGCACAAUUAUCACAGAUCGGGCUUUCCCCCAAACACUUCUGAAAUAAUCUCGUCUUCAGCAACAUGGGGUCCUCAGGGAUUGGUUGAAGGUGGUGGCCCUGGAGGCUUGCCAGACUACACAGGAGCUCCCCCUAGAAGAAUAGGUGGAUUUGGAGGAGGAAAUCAUCAAGCUAUUAUCACGAACACCACUGUGGAAGUUGUUGUUCCUCGUUAUGUUGUUCCGGCAAUCUAUGGGGAGGAUGGGGGAUGUCUGAACCAAAUUCAUGAGAUUUCUGAUGCAAAAAUUACAAUUACUGAUCCCAAACCUGGAGCAACAGAAACUUUGGUCAUAAUAUCUGGGACACCUGAGCAGACAAAUGCUGCGCAAAGUCUAAUUCAAGCAUUUGUAAUUAGCGAGACAGAAGCAUCUUGA